AUGGACCCCUCAUCUUCUGCGCCUGCGUCUCCUCUCUCCGCCGAUACGCUGCAGGCGCUGUCUCUGUCCACGGAAGACGCGGAAACCUCGGCGCAGAUCGACCUGGUGCUCGAAAUGACUGCGACCUUCGACGCCGACGGCUUCCAGCUGCCCUCCAGCGUCACGCGCAGCGAGGUGAAACAUGCUCUUCAAGCGUGCGACGGCGACGUGUCCAGAGCCGUGGACGACGUGUUCAGUCUCGCCGCUAUCAGGUCCCUACGCCAGCAAGAGCGGCAGACACUUAGCGAGCGCCGCCAGCAGCACGCCACGCUGCAGCUCAGCGAGCUCUGCAGCGGCCUGGGACUGGACGAGAGCAGCUCGUUCGUCGCAGCACUACAGCAGCUGCCGGCAGAGGAGAGGGACGCGCUGCUGGCCAGCGACGGAGCCUUCGUGCAGCAAUUGCUGCUCAGUCUGGACGAGGAGGAGAUGGAGAUGGAGGGAGGAGAAGACAGUGAAGAGGAGGAGGAGGAGGAUGUGCACCCGCUGCAGUACCUGCUGGAGCUGUACCCGGACUACAAGCCGGAGGUGGUGGAGGACGUGCUGGAUAGUCACGGCUACGACGUCAACAGGGCGGCGGAGGCGCUGCACAACCUGAGGGCGCUGAACCACGUGCAGAGCUACGCUACAGUGGUGAACGCCGAUGCGAGAGCUGCAGCGCAGCAGAGGGAGUUGUUCGUCAAUGGACCAAAGGUGGACUCGUUGGGGCAGUUCCCCGAGCUGGCGUACCCGAUGCUACCUGCACGGAGGCACGUGGCGAGGGGGAAGGUAAAGACCGUCAAUGCCUGGGACCAGCAGCACGCGCCGCAUGACAGACAGGAGUCCGGCAUCACGACGCAGCUCAAGCUGGAACGGCUCAAGAAGCUGCUGCCUUCGAUCGAUAGCAACGUUAUCCAGACGACGUUCUUCCUGAAUGGGUGUAGCUCGGAUGCCACAGAGGCGACGUUGCGCGAGGUUUAUAACUUACCGCUGGUGCACAAGCACGCGCCUCCACCCACUGUGACGGAGGAAGUGGAAAUGGCGGCUGCGGCGGCAGACGCAGAGGAGGAGGCUGCUACAGCAGCGAAGAAUUCGCGUCGAUCGGGUCGAAGCAGCCGUGCAGAGGAUUGGACUCUUGUUUCUAGCAAAAUCAAGGUCAACGCCGCGAGAGCGCAACUCAGCGACCGCUACUGCGCAGUUCUGGCAUCUUUCCGACGCGGCCAGAACAUCCUUGCUGUCGACCGUGUCCGAGAGCUGAGUAAAGCGCGUCGCGAGCAUCGGGAGGCGCAGCGAGAAUGGGCACACGACUUUUUCCUCGGACACGAGGAACAUCUCAAACACCAGCGGCCGAUCGAUCUGCACGGCAUGAUCGUGAUGGAGGCUCUUUGGGUGGCCCGCGAGGCCAUUGAGUACUGCCAGGCACACCGCAUCCGUCGGUGUCUAUUGAUUUGCGGCGUUGGUCACCACUCGAUCAAUGGCAAGCCGCGUAUCCUGACUGCGAUUCAGUUGUCUUUGGACCGGCGUCAGAUCGAUUACCGCGAGCUGCACGGUGUCAUCACGGUGUUCCCGCUCCGUUCCACGGAUUCGUCGUAG